CCGGUCAUGCCGGUCAUGGCGUACCCGUAUGUGUUCCGUGCGCAGGCGCCACCAGUGAGAGUGGAGGAUCACAAGGCCGCCAAGGACGCGGCGGCGCCUGUGCCACAGGCCAGGGAGCAGUGGCCGGCCGGUGCCAGCAGAAGCGCGCGCCCACACGGCGCCGGUGCCGGGUGGCUGGGCGGCCUUGGCUCCGGGGAGGGGCUGGCGAGCGCCUACGACCUCGUGGAGACGAUGCAGUAUCUGUACGUGCGCGUCGUCAAGGCGCGCGGGCUCCCGGAGAGCGCCGUCACCGGCGGGUGCAGUCCCUACGUCGAGGCGCGCGUCGGCAACUACCACGGCGCGACGCGGCACCUCGAGGGGAAGUCCAGCCCCGAGUGGAACCAGGUGUUCGCCUUCUCGAGGGACCGCGUCCAGGCCACGGCGCUCGAGGUGUUGGUCAGGGACAAGGACGCCCUGGCGCGCGACGACUGCGUCGGCAGGGUCGCGUUCGAUAUCGCCGAGGCGCCCGUGCGCGUGCCACCGGACAGCCCGCUCGCGCCGCAGUGGUACCGCCUCGAGGGGACUGGCGGCAAGAUGGCGGCGAACGGCGAGGUCAUGCUCGCCGUCUGGGUCGGCACGCAGGCGGACGAGGCGUUCGCGGACGCGUGGCACGCCGACGCCGCGUCGGUCCACGGCGGUGGCGGCGGUGGUGACGGCGCGGCGGCCGUGCAGAGCAUGCGGUCCAAGGUGUACGUGACGCCGAAGCUGUGGUACCUCCGGAUAAGCGUGCUCGAGGCUCAGGACGUCGUGCCGCCCGGCACCGGCGGCAUUGCGGACAAAGGCCGGCACGCCGACGUCUUCGCCAAGGUGCAAGUCGGCGGCAUGGUGCUCAGGACUAGGCCUUGCGCCACGAGGAGUCCGACGAGCCUGGCGUGGAACGAGGAGCUCGUGUUCGCCGUGGCAGAGCCGUUCGACGAGCCGGCGGUGCUCAUCAUCGAGGCCCGCGCGCACCCCGGGAAGGACGAGAUCAUUGGGCGCGCCGUGCUGCCGCUCACGCUCUUCGAGAAGCGGCUGGAUCGCCGCCAGGUCCAGGCGCAGUGGUUCAGCCUGGAGCCAUUCGGGCGCCCGGCGCGGCCGCCGGAAGCCGUCUUCGCCGGCCGUGUGCAACUCCGUGCGUGCCUCGAGGGCGCGUACCACGUCAUGGAGGAGCCGACCAUGUACGCCAGCGACACGCGCCCUACCGCCCGGCAGCUGUGGCGCCCGCCGAUCGCCGUGCUGGAGGUUGGCGUCCUCGGCGCGCAGGGGCUCACCCCGAUGAAGACGCUCGACGGCCGGGGCAUGACGGACGCGUACUGCGUCGCCAAGUACGGGCAGAAGUGGGUGCGCACGCGCACCGUCGUGGACUCGUGCAGCCCCCGGUGGAACGAGCAGUACACGUGGGAGGUCUACGACCCGUGCACGGUGCUCACGCUCGCCGUGUUCGACAACUGCCAACUCGGCAACGCCGCCGCCGGCAGCGGCGCCGCCGUCAGGGACCAGAGGAUCGGCAAGGUCAGGAUCCGGCUCUCGACGCUGGAGAUGGACAGGGUGUACACCACCGCGCACCCGCUCGUCGUGCUGCACCCGUCCGGCCUGCGCAAGAACGGCGAGCUCCGCCUCGCCGUGCGCCUCACCUGCCUCUCCCUCGGCAGCGUCGUGUACCUCUACGGCCAGCCCUUCCUCCCCAAGAUGCACUACGUCCACCCGUUCACCGUCCUGCAGCUGGACAAUCUGCGGCGGCAGGCGAUGGGCAUCGUGGCGUCGAGGCUGAGCCGGGCCGAGCCGCCGCUGCGCCGGGAGGUGGUGGAGUACAUGCUGGACGCGGACUCGCACGCGUGGAGCAUCCGGCAGAGCAAGGCCAACUUCUUCCGCGUCACGGCACUGCUCUCCGGCGCGGCCAGCACGGCGCGGUGGCUCGCCGACGUGUGCCGCUGGAAGAACCCGGCGGCGACGAUCCUCGUGCACGUCCUGUUCGUGACCCUCACGUGCUUCCCGGACCUCAUCCUGCCGACCAUGUUUCUGUACAUGUCCGCGGCUGGGCUCUGGAACUACCGGCGGCGGCCGCGCCGCCCGCCGCACAUGGACGCGAGGCUCUCGUGCGCCGAGGCGGUCCACCCCGACGAGCUCGACGAGGAGCUGGACACGUUCCCGACGUCGAGGCCCAACGCCGUGGUGCGCCUGCGGUACGACCGGCUGCGGAGCGUCGCCGGGCGGAUCCAGACGGUGGUCGGGGACGUGGCGACGCAGGGAGAGCGGGUGCGGUCGCUGCUCGCGUGGAGGGACCCGAGGGCCACGGCGCUGUUCACGGCCUUCUGCCUCGUCGCCGCCGUCGUGCUCUACGUCACACCCAUCCGGGUCGUGGCGCUCGUCGUCGGGCUGUACGUGCUCCGCCACCCGCGGUUCCGGAGCCGCAUGCCGUCGGCUGCCGGCAACUUCUUCAAGAGGCUGCCGUCCCGGGCUGACACUAUGCUGUAGCCGGCACCUCACUUCGUAUCCUCUGCUCCUGCAGUUUGAUUGCAAGCUGGCCCGCAGUUUUCAUGGCGAAUGUAUUGGU